AUGGCUGCCCUCGGCAACUCGGGGACUACUACAUCCAGUCCGAUGGUGGUCCUGGCGCCCAAGACGAAGACGAAGAAGAAGCACUUUGUUCAGCAGAAGGUGAAGGUGUUUCGAGCCAGUGAGCCCAUCGUGAGCGUGUUCAUAUGGGGCGUCAAUCACUCGGUCAAUGAUCUCGGCCAGGUGCCUGUUCCUGUCAUGCUCCUGCCUGAUGACUUCAAAGCCAACACUAAGGUCAAAGUCAACAACCACCUCUUCAACAAAGAAAACCUUCCCGGACAUUUUAAGUUUAAAGAAUACUGUCCUCAGGUCUUCCGAAAUCUCAGAGAACGUUUUGGUGUUGAGGAUCUGGACUUUCAGGUGUCUUUAACCCGGAGCCCCCCUGUAAGAAUUGCAGAUGAUCAAGGAGAGGGUCUCCUUCUCAACUCCUACGACCGAACUCUUGUUGUCAAGCAGAUCUCCAGCGAAGAUGUUGCAGAUAUGCACAACAUUCUGUCAGACUAUCACCAGCACAUCGUGAAGUGUCACGGCAGCACGCUGCUGCCACAGUUUCUGGGAAUGUACCGGGUGAGCGUGGACAGCGAGGAGGCGUACCUGAUCGUCAUGAGGAACAUGUUCAGCCACAGGCUGGUGGUGCACAGGAAGUAUGACCUGAAGGGCUCUCUGGUGGACCGCGAAGCAAGUGACAAAGAAAGGGAAAAAGAGCUGCCAACCUUUAAGGACAUGGACUUCAGAAACAACAUGCAGAAGGUGUACGUUACAGACGAGGAGAAGGAGAAGUUCAUGGAGAAACUCAACAGAGAUGUUGAGUUCCUGGUGAAGCUGAAGAUCAUGGGCUACAGCUUGUUGCUCGGCAUCCACGACAUUGGCCGAGCCGAACGGGACGAGGAGGAGAGCGGGGAGGUGUCCAAUGAGGAGGAGCUCGAGUCGGAGAACGGGCUGGCCCCGGGCCCUGCUGUGGGCUCGUACGGAACCUCUCCUGAAGGGAUCGCUGGUUACAUGUCCUCCUGCAAGCCUCUGGGGCCGGGGGAGUUCGAUCCCUACGUGGAUGUUUAUGCACUCAAAGGCUGCCCAGGAGCCCCCCAGAGGGAGGUCUACUUCAUGGGCCUGAUAGACGUUCUCACACAAUACGACACCAAGAAGAAAGCCGCUCACGCCGCCAAAACUGUCAAACAUGGGGCCGGUGCUGAGAUCUCCACGGUGCACCCGGAGCAGUACGCCAAACGCUUUCGGGACUUCAUCUCAAACAUUUUUGCGUAACACUGCCAUGAACGCUGCCAGAAGUCAUUCCAGUCGAGAGCUUCAACUAUAGAUCAACCGUAGUAUGAGCACAUGGAUCAUUAUUUAAAUUUGGUGAUGAGAUAAAACCUGUAGCAUUAUGAUCCAUAUAUUUAUUUUAAAGGUAUAUAUUUCUUUAGGUAUUGAACAUUGUUAAGAAGUAGACUGGGAGCAGUAGUGGAUGUGCUUUUGAUCAGUAUUGAGUUAAACCACAUCUGAUGGGGGUCUUAUUUUGAUUUUCUCGGGUUUUCUAACAUCAAACUAAGUAAACUGAUAAUAAAUAGUGGAUAUGUAUGCACCAUAAACAUGAGAGGAUAAAUUUAGGUUAGUAGAAGGGAGCUAGCUCUGUCCAGAAGGAACCGUUUUGUACGUAUAGUUGGAGGCUGCUUGGUCACUGGAUGAAGCGCGAUGGGCUGGAAACUCCACAGCUGAUGACGAACCUCCAAGGAUUUCUGACAGCUGAGGCAAAACAUAACGUUGUUCCCAGUAAAAUCUCUAACCUAAAAACAAUCUCACCAAAUUUCCACUAAAUGCUUUUCAGGUCGGCGCUUUUCCAAAAACCAACCAAAGAACAAAUCUUGAAAGAGUUGAAGAUACUCGGACCUGGUUAAUUAUGGACAGAGUUAAGCUGUUCCGUUUUCAGUCUUUAUGCUAAGCUAAACAUUUACUAUUAGUUUACUGUGCAGACACAAGUAGUUCUGCACUGAGAGGAGCAUUUCCCACAAUUAUUUCCUAACUUUUAAAUGAAUAAUACAUAGUUCUUGGUAGACAGUUAGAAUUAAAUAGUUUCUAGUAAACAUUUAUACCUGGAAGUGCGGCCUAUAGUUUCUAGAGUGCCAAAUGUGUGGGCCCAAAGCUUUAUCAGAGCAGAUCUUUGCACUUUGCAUACUGUUAGGGGUUGGUUGGGGUUUGAAAAGGAUCAAAUAUUUUCUGCUGUAAUUUUUGCUAAAUUUGUAGCAUGUUUUCAGAGGAGCUUUGAUAGAAACCAAGCAAUCCUAUCUAAGCCUGUGAACAUGUCUUCCAGCCCUGCCUGUUGUAGCGACUUCCACAGAACUAAUCAGGAACACGAGGAGACUGGUCCAAACUUUGGGCAGUCAGUUCUGCCUUUGACGACCAUCGUGGUUCUGCUAGACUCCAGUUUGAACAGUGUAGUGGUUUGUGCGUUUAAGUGGCUAAUGUGUGUUAUGUGGAUAACUGUGUUACAGUAAGAGUUCAAAAACAUUAGGAGUAGGAAGUACAUUUAGCUUAAUGGCAUUUAGGGUUAACACUAGGCGGUAUUUUAUAUACAGUCACACUACAUUUUAGCUGAUUGGUCUUAACACAAUGACAUUACCCAGCAUUCCUGGAGGCAGAAUGAAUGCAGUUAUCUUGUCUGUAUGAAGCCUCAUCUGAUCUGUGGUUGCACAUGAUGUGUUUUUGCAAAUCAGCUUUUGGACAAAAUUAUAUUUUACCUAGAUUUUCUGGAAACUGUUUACGUAUUUCUGUAGAAAUGUGUGUGUGCGCAUGGUGAGACUGUCUGUCUUUGUGUGACACCUUUGUCUUAGAAAUACCUCAACUUUUAAUGUUCAUGAUGCCCAGAGGAGGAACUCGGCAGAUUUUUGUUGUGAAACCUUUCCUCUGACAUCAUUACUCACUUAUCCGAUGAAUCGUCUGUUCAACGUGAUUCUUAGUUUCCUUUUUGCCUCAUCUUUAUGGGUCUGGAGGUUAUAUUUUCCUUGUAAACUAAACUACUACUGCUAUGUUUGACACUAAAAACUACUGUCAGUUUAAAAUGGUGGCUGACUGCUUUGGCGUGUAGCAUAAAGAGUGAUUUAUUUAUUUUUUUCCUUCUCUGAAUUUUCAAGAAAAAAACUAAAUAUUUGCUCUUUUAAUAUGCUUGAUUGAACAUUUAGUAUGUAAACCUGCUGCAGAGAGCGCAACUGAUGCAACAAUGUUAAUAAAGCAACGGAUUUAAGUUUUU